AACAGCAACAGUUUUACGAGCUGAAUGUGAGAACGUGUCUUAACUAAAAGUGUUUAAAAGUGACAACACUGCGUAUAAAUGUGAUAAUGGAUUAUUGUUUGACGCUGGUAAAACUUUCCUGUUCUAGUUUUUUUGGAAACAUGAUUUAACCUGAUUGCGUGGUUUUUACAGACGCAUGCAAAAUGAGUUCUGAGGUGUGCCCAUUCUGCGGGAAAACUUACAAAAGGUUGAAGAGUCACCUGCCACAUUGCAAGGCAGCAGCAAGCUCCAAAACACCUCCAACCAAACACGAUGUCACAGUGAAUCAGACAACAUUGUCUUCUCAGUUGGCCGCGCUAUUGUCCAAACCGACUGCAAAGUCCACACAGACAUUGUCAAUAACAGCAAAUCCACUAUCAAAGAAGAGUAAAAAGAUGUCUGUGGUAUCGUCUGCACCACCAAAUGCAUCAUCGUCGUCAGAGUCAUCAUCGCUGAGUUCUGCAUCAGUUCUACCAUCAACUAAGAAGAAGAAACCGAAGCUGUCCGAACAAAUCAAGACAGCCAACACGCCCUCCUCCACGACCAUGUCCCUCACCUCCUCCCCAUCGCUACCUCUGUCUCCCACCACCUCUAAGCCCAAAAAGCAGAGUCUCCGCGCUUUGAUAGAAGCUGCAAAAUCCAAACAGGUGUCUAAGGGAUCACUGAAGGGAAGUCGAUCUGCCUCAGAGGACCUGACUUUAGGCUCAACUCCAGUUGUGGCAGGUCCUUUCAGCUCCAGAAUUACAGCUGUGACCAAAACUAAUCCCGACGAAGACUCGAUAAAAGAUGAUGCUCAUCCUGCCUUUCAGUCCACAGACACCAAACCCAAAGCUGCCUCUAAAAUGAAGGUUUCUAAAACGAAGAAGGCUGCACAAUCCCUUUCCAAAACCAAAGAUACCUCUAGCUCUCUGGACUCUAAAGUAAAUGAAACUACUAGUGCGAGAGCCCAUGACGACUUCUUGGUGGACAACGAUGGGGAAGUCGAGGAUUUAUAUGUGAAUAAGAUGCUCUUGAAAUCAGGAAGUGGUCACCUGGCCAGGAUUACCCUCCAGGAUGUUAAAGCCACGUUAGGCCGAGCUAACGGCACCCGUCAGUCCAGCAGGCCAAGCAUCCUGAGCCAGAUUGAAACUACUGAUGAUCGAAGCAGCAAAAACAGACUUGGUACAAGUCUCAGUCCAGUUCCACUUCCAACAGGGAAUCAAGAUAGCUGUUUGGUUACGACCAAAGCUCUGUCAGAUCAGCCGCCCUGCAACACUUCACAACAUACAGAGCUACAGUCAGUUAAGAGACAAAGUUCAAAGUCUGAACAAGCAACUUUACUCCCCCUGCAACAGCUUGAACUAACCUCCCCUGCUGCUCCCCUCCUUUCUGGCCAUCUAUCAUCCCUGAUGAGCAAAGCCACAUCCCCUCCACAUACUGUCAGCAUGAAUGAGGGGCUGAAGGUGACAGGACUCCUUACGAUAUCACCAUCACUCACAAAGUUGUCUAGCCCUUUGCUGGCGGCGAGGGUGGAGACGUUGAGAGCUGAUGAUGGGUUGAAGUCGCAGCUCGAGGUCAGGAAACAACACGCUGCUGAUAAUGGAACUAAAGUAGGUUCUCUGACACAGCGGAGUCUUGGACAGGUGAGACUGAGGGAGUUGCCUGAGUGGCUGGCCUGCAAAACGCCCAGCCAUCCAAAAGAUGUGGUGGAAAUGGUGCAAAGAGGCUGGCAGUGGUAUUACAAGAGGUAUAUUGAUGUGAAGAAAGGCGGUGUAGGAGGAGUGGGCAUGUUGUUAGCAGGCUACUGUGUGCUCGGCUACAUCUGGAGUUACCCUCAUAUAAAGCGUGAUCGCUGGAGGAAGUACCACUAAUGUCGCGGGAAGAUGUUCGGAUAAGCGUGACUCUGUACAAGGGAACAGCAGCUUGGACAGAGGGAGGGUUCAGGACUUUAAGACAUCCGUCUCUUAAUAAUAUCUUAUUUAUCCAGGUCCUAACAUUUCCACGGGGUUUAUGUCUGAGAAAUUGAUUGAAGUUGAUUGGUGUCAAAUGAAAAGUUAUCAAAAUAUAAAGCCUCCGCCAGCAGCUGAUAAGCUUAGCUUAGCUUAGCUAAUGGUGCGUUCUUUUUGUCCACCGAAGUCGAUUUACAAGUCGU